CUAAGAGACAGAGUGUCAGGCAUUUAGGUGCACUGGCCCUUUGCUCUGCCAGAUACUUAAGAAUUGCCAUGGGGACACUGAGGCACCAACGCAGUAUUCAGAGAAAACAUUAAGAACAUUCCUAGUUCAUCACAGUGGCGAGGCGGGGAGCCAGCCUGCCCUCCCUGCUGUGCCCCAAUUGGCUGCCACCCGCCCACGAGGAUUGCCGGGGUGAAGCACUCAGCAAACAACACUGCUGAGAGGGCUGAGUUGGAGGAAAUCCCUGAGAGAAGCCAGCAAGGUGCCAAGCUCCCACCUCAGCAGCACUCAACCCCGGAGUGCAUGGGCAGCACCUCAGUUACUGAUCCAGGAAAGGAUCUUCCCUCUUAUCCCAUGACAGCUUACUUUGCCUAAGAGGGAUCUUAAAGUCCAAGUACACUAUAUCCACUGGAUCCCCCUUGUCUACAUGCUUGUUGACCCCCUCAGAGAAUUCUAGUAGAUUCAUCAAAGACACGUUUGUUGAAAGCCAUCAACACCUUCCAGGGUAACAACAUGGACACAGAAGGAGACAUCCCAGGGAAGGCGCCCACGGGUAGCGACAUAGGAAAGAUGGACUCCAAAUCUGCUGGCAUGAACCCCUAUGUGGGUUUGGUGAGCAGCCUGCGCGCUGCCUGGCUUACGGGGAAGACACGCGCAGCUGAGCACCGGGUCUCCCAGCUGGAGGCGCUGCGCCGCUUCCUGGAUGAGAAGAAACAGCCCAUCCUGGAUGCCAUGGCCUCGGACCUGCGCAAGCCCCACUUUGAGGUGGAGCUCUCCGAGAUCAUCCUGGUCAAGAACGAGGUCAACUACGCUCUCAACAACCUGUCCAGCUGGAUGAAGGACGAGUUCGUGGAGAAGAACCUGGUGACUCAGCUGGACACGGCCUUCAUCCGGAAGGAGCCCUAUGGAGUGGUGCUGAUCAUCGGGGCCUGGAACUACCCCUUGAAUCUCAUCCUGGUACCCCUGGUCGGGGCCAUCGCGGCCGGGAACUGUGUGAUCGUCAAACCAUCUGAGAUCUGCAGCAGCACUGAGAAGCUCCUGGCUGAGACGCUGCCCAGCUACCUGGACAACGACUGCUUUGCUGUGGUGACCGGGGGCCCUGCGGAGACCACCCAGCUGCUGGAGAACAAGUUCGACUACAUCUUCUUCACGGGCAGCCCCCAAGUGGGCAAGAUAGUGAUGGCAGCUGCGGCCAAGCACCUGACGCCACUGACGCUGGAGCUGGGGGGCAAGAACCCCUGCUACGUGGCCGACGAGAGCGACCUGCAGAACGUGGCCAACCGGCUGGUCUGGGGGCGCUGCUUCAACGCAGGGCAGACCUGCAUCGCGCCCGACUACGUGCUGUGCAGCGCAGAGACGCAGGAGAAGCUGCUGCCCGCCCUGCGCCACGCCAUCACCCAGUUCUUCGGCCCCGAGCCCCAGGAGUCACCUGACUUCGCCCGCAUCAUCAGUGAUAAGCAGUUCCAGCGCAUCCGGGCCCUGCUGGGCAGUGGGCGUGUGGCCAUCGGGGGGCAGACGGACGAGAGGGAGCGCUACAUCGCCCCUACGGUGCUGGCGGACGUGCAGCCAUCGGAGCCUGCCAUGCAGGAGGAGAUCUUCGGGCCUGUCCUGCCCAUCGUCACUGUGCCCAACGUGGACGAAGCCAUCGCCUUCAUCAACCGCCGGCAGCGGCCGCUGGCCGUGUACGUCUUCGCCUCCGACAGCAAGCUGGUGCACCGAGUGCUGGAGCAGACGAGCAGUGGCGGUUUUGGUGCCAACGACACCAUGAUGCAAACGACGCUAAUCUCACUGCCCUUCGGUGGGAUUGGGAACAGCGGGCUGGGCUCGUACCACAGCAAGUUCAGCUUUGACACCUUCUCUCACCACCGCGCCUGCCUCCUGCGCAGCCUGGGCCUGGAGACCGUGAACGCCCUGCGCUACCCACCCUACAGCGAGCGCAAAAUGGGGCUGGUGACUUCUGCCUUCGAGAUCAAACGCAAGGGCACCUGCACCCUGCUGUGACGGGAGGGUCGGCCCAGCCCGGCCCAGCCCGGCCCAGCCCCCCUGCACCGUACAACCCACUGGCUGCCUGAUGGGAGUGACGGCCAUGGGGGAGAAGGCCUGGCCAACCUUAGGAGGCCCCCUCCAAAGGGGUUAAAUAAUCUUUGUCCGACUCCUUCAUCUUCCUGGGAGAGGGGCACAGCUUCCUCCAUCCCAGCUCUGGGAACUCCUGACCAUCCUAGCCCAGCCUCUUGCUUCUCCAGCUCCAGCUGCUUGAGUGGUGGGGAGAGAGCUUCCCCCACACCACAUCCCCAAUGGAGACAGUUGCUAGGAGGAGGGAAAUGCUAAGGGGGCUGCCCAGGAAUGACCCACCCCCUCCCCCGGCCAGGUGUCUGCCCCACCAAGGAGACAUGUGGGCCAUGUAAUCCCAGUAGUGCCCUCUGACACUGAUUCCCCUGUCAGGCUGCUGCUGUGUUGCCCAGGAAGGGCAGUGUCAUCCUCCCAUUGCCUGCUGGCAGGGGGCAGGUGUCCUGGAGCUGCAGGACCCUGCUUCGAGGGGGAUGAGGGCUGAAGGGGCAGUAAGGGAAGCCUGUGACCCAGCCUGCUGCCAGGGAAUCACUCCUGUCUCAGACAUGCCCCCUGUACUGGCUUAGCCUCAUUCUCCCAUCAUGCUGUCUGCUGUCCACCAUCGCUGCCGGUGCCCCCUGCUCCAUGCUUUUCCCUGUGUAGAUUUUGGUUUAGUAAAGACUCAGCGUUGAACGCGCCUGCCUGGCCUGGUCCUGCAGGUCCUUCACCCUCCCUGGCUCUGGCUCAGUGGGCAGCAUGGGCAGGGCUAGGGUGAGGCCCCCAGAGAGGGGACUAGGCACAGCAGCCAGCAUGGCCAGGGUCUGCCCCCCACCCCCAUCUUCUCCCUACUGCCAAGGAGCAGCUUCUGGGAAAAUGAAAGACAAGGAGCAACAGCCGGGGAGAGCCCUGCGGGUUGGGAUUGAGGGGCACUAGUGAGGGGGGCAGGGCUGGGAUAGCAGGGGUCUGUGGGUCAGCAUUGAGGGGCAUUGGCACAGCUGGGGGUAGGAGGAGCCCAGGGCUGGGACAGCAGGGGGCUGAGGGUAAGGAUUGCAGGAUUUUGGAAGAGCUGUGGCGGGAGCCCAGGGCUGGGAUAAGGGGGCUGUGGGUGGCCCCAGUGGACUAAAUUCAUGGUCUGAAUUAAUUUUCAAGUCCUUCACUGCAAGUGGCCCACGCCAGCUCCAAGGGCCCCGUCCCUCUGUUCUUCCCCAUGGCCACAGCUCAGUGCCUCUGGGCAGUGGGGGUGUGGAAUUCCUUAGCAGGGCCAGCUGCAAACCCAGGUUCCCCAUGGCAGAGCUGGGAGUAACCCCCAGGUGCCCAGAGGCACAGACUGGCUGAGCCCUGUAGUGCAGACUGACUGUGCCACAUCGCUAUCUGCGUAUGUACAGACAUAGCCCCUCGGCCACAUGCUCCUCCUCGGGGCCAAAACAAAACCCACGUCCCUGGGCCCUGGCAAAUAGCGAAUGCCAUGGGACAAGGGUGGGUCCCUCCGCUGUGGCUGCCCCCCGCAACCUUUAUGCUCCUAGCUUGGGCUCAGCAGCCCAGGUCCAAAGACUGUUUAGGAAACCCCUUCCCUUUUUAUUGCACAUGAAGAAGUUUGUGUUGGGCCAGUUCCACAAGUGAGAUGAAAAGGAAAUUGGAACAGCGAGACGAACUGGAACUGACCCACCAGGAACUGCUCCUACAGCUGCUGGGCCAGAGUAUUCCACUUUAGAUGGGCACGUGCUCCCAUGUGCAAUGGUAGUGUCCAGUGGGGCCAUGACUGUGCUCCAUAGAUGAGGACACAAAGUGCCUCGCUCAUCCCCCCUGCCUAGCAAAAAACAGCCCCCAUCACCUCACCCAUCCCCCUCCACCCCGCCAGACAACCCCCAUUGCCUCACUCAUCCUGCCUUGCCUAGCCACAAUCACACCCCAGUCCUUGUCCCUCAAUUAAAAACCAUUUGGAAUGAGAUUUAGGAAUUGUUUAAAAACGUUUCACUAGAUACCCAAAGUCGUCACAAUCAAGAAAGACCACACUGGCUAAAAAACCAACCUAACUUACAGGAA